AAGAUUGAUCGCAACCUCCAUUGCCAGUGUGUGGGCAUUAAGCAAUUGAAUAGAAACAGCGCGUUUAGCAAUGUGGUGUUCAAACGCUUUAUUUUAUUUGUAUUUAAAGAUUUUUAUAAGUUUGUUGAAUUGUGCCAAUAUCUCUGGGAAUUGUGAUGAUAUUUAUUCUUCGAAAGGAAUAAAACUACUAAACAUAACGAGUGGUUGGUUUGAAGAAUAUUCCAGAUGCCUCUACAACGCAACAGCAUUCAAGAAAGUGGACGCAAAGUACCUGAAUGUCACUAUGUAUGACCUUAUUACACACUUACCGGACAACAGAUCGCUAGAACUCAGAUACUUAUAUAUACAGAAUAGUUACGUUCCUGUCGUGCGGAGGAACUCUUUCCGGAAAUUUAUAAAUAUUACGAAAAUAAAUCUUGCAUAUAACCGCAUACAGAUAUUAGAAGAGAAAGCGUUCUUUAAUUUGAGCGCGUUGCGGUACAUCGACCUUUCCAACAAUGAGCUCGGCGAGAUCGGCACAUCUGUGUUUUGCCACUUGCCGCUUCUUGAUGCACUCUUCCUGUACAACAAUACGUUGAAAUACAUCAUAGACAAUGCAUUUGUUGCCGUUGCUACAGAAUCCAUGACGUUCAGAAUGGAUGUUUACAACAACCAGCUGGAAGAAAUACCAUGGGGAGCCUUGUCUAACAUAUCUGUUAUUAAUAUUAAUGAAAUAUUUGCAAGUAAAAACAAAAUUUCUCAGAUUCCGUCUUCCAUUGGUCAAUUAACAACACUACAAGUACUGGAAGUUCAAAGCAACAACUUAGAGCAUGUGAGCAGGAAUGUAGCAUUAUUACCGGAACUUCAAGAAAUACACUUGCAGAACAAUGAUCUGACUACACUGCAUGAAGAUAUGUUACCAUUAAUUAACAGGAGUUUUUGGAACAUAAAGAAAAUGAAGCUGGGUGGAAAUCCUUGGCGGUGUGACUGUUCUCUGUCCUGGAUGAUUGAGCUAGUUCAAACGUACACUGUCUGGGAAAAUCUUACAUGUAAUGAACCGAAACACAUUCCUAUGCAGGAGUUCGAUCUUGAGAAUUUGACAUGUGGAGUGGAGCCACAGAAACGGACAAAUUCAGGUAAUCUGCCGAAACUGAGAGUGUUGGGGAUCAGUUUAGCCUGUGUUCUAGUAACAGGAGCUUGUGUUAGUUUUGUUAUUUGGUUGUGGAAAAGAAUGGUUAAAAAGAGAAGAAAACCUUUUAAGAUGUUAACGAACAGGCAUUACUACAGACCACAAUCGAUGACGGAUGUGUCCGGACUGUCUAUAUCACCUGGUAAUAUCCAUAGCAACCAGUACAAACAAGACAAAAAACAACAACUGGAUGUUGGAUUUACGGAACUCACUUUAUAUGGUAAAGUUAAGCUUAUAAAGCUGCUGGGACGCGGGGCAUUCGGUGAGGUUUACGAAGGGUUUGAAUCUGGAUUCAACAAUACUGGAAGGAAAGUUGCCAUCAAAAGAAUAAAAGACAAUGCAAGUGCAGAAGAAACAGAAAGUCUGAUGAAAGAAUGUGAAAAUUUACAGAAAGUCGGAUCACAUCAAAAUAUAAUUGAAGUGUAUGGGUCAUGUAUAAUAAAUGGUUCACGUGCACUUGUAAUGGAACUGGCUGAGGAUGGAGAUUUACGUAACUAUUUGAGAACUUAUUAUGAAGCAAACAGAACAGUGAUACAAAACCUAGACAGCUCGGAAGAACGGUCGUAUCUUGUAACACAGUGUUCACGACUGUAUGUAUUCAUGUGGCAAAUAGCAAAAGGAAUGGAAUAUUUGAGUUCAUUGAAGAUUUUACAUCGUGACCUUGCCGCUAGAAAUAUUUUGCUUUCUAAAGGACCGAUUGCAAAGAUAUCCGAUUUUGGCUUAUCACGUGACAUUUACGAAUCUGACUACUACUUUCAAGAGUCAGCGGGGAGACUUCCUUACAAAUGGAUGAGUCCAGAGACUCUCAUAAAUGGAAAGUAUACUACUAAAAGUGAUAUCUGGUCAUAUGGAGUUCUUCUCUGGGAGAUGGUAACUCUCGGCAGUAGCCCAUAUCCAGGCAUUUUACCCGAUAUGUUGAUAUCCAUGCAUAAGUCAGGAUAUAUAAUGCCACAGCCACCUCUUUGUCCCAGUAGUAUUUAUUCAAUUAUGGUGGAAUGUUGGAAGCAUACACCAGAUCAAAGGCCGGUAUUCAAAACACUUGUUAGAGAUUUGGAUGAAAUUAUACAGAAAGACACAAAACAGACGUAUAUAAACUUGUCAAAGGAGUCACCAGGAAAGCUGAGUUCAGUGGAUGAAGAGUAGUGAGACAUUAAAGAAUAUGAAUACAAAUAUUUAUCAUAUACAGCAAUAUUUUUAAACUGUUAGCAGUUUAAGAUAUUUUGAUAUAUUUCCCCUUGAAUGUCAGUUUGUAUUUUUAGAAAUUAUUGUGUUAUCAUUCAAUGUUUGUUUCAAGUUUUAUUCUUGACAUGUGUUUCCUUUCUUUUUUGAAAACCGUAUUUGGAAACUUUAAAUUGACGUUGUGUCACUGUGUAUUAGCAUGUCAGCGCCUCAUGUUUGUUCUUAUCUCCGCUUUUGCCAUGGUUAGUAGAUAACCAUAACAAAACUACUGUUUAGGCACACCCCUUGCUCAAAGGACUCACAGAUAUUCAAGAAAAUGCUUCAUUGCCAGACUAUAAAUCGUUAUGCAUUGCCGGAUAUUUGAAAAGCUUGUUUCAAACAGUAGCUAUCAAAAGACAAAAUACUGCACGCAAGACAUGUGCCCCUACCUUUGUGAAAAAUUAAGAAAUAAUGUAUAGAAAAACCGUGUUAUACGUCAGCGGAAUAAUAAUUUCACGAGGGCGAAGCCCGAGUGAAUUAUUCUGCAGACGUAUAACCGAUUUUGAGUGUAGUAAUUUAAGUAAACAAGUUACGUCCAUGAAAGAGUGCUACUGUAUUUUAUUUGCUGUUUUAGAUUAAGGGCAUAUUAGAAUCGAAAUAGUGUAUAGCAAAACCUUGUUUAAACACUAUUUAUACACUCGGGCGGUAAUACGUCGUACAUAUAAUUUCACUCGGGCUGUGCCCUCGUGAAAUUAUUGAGCCCGAGGUAUAUCCGCUCAUCGUGCAUAAAUAGUGUUAAAACACUCUUGCUAUAACUUAUUUCUUAAAUAUACCGGACGUCAUGCAGCAAGUUGACGCCAUAACUGACGUCAUAAUGCUCUCUUAACGGUCCGCGCGUCAACCAUUGUUUAUCACAGAAUAUACAGAGCUUGACCUUCUUCUUUGUUUAAUUGGCAAUCAAAUCCAACCAUGUUAGAAUGUUGUUAAUUUCGCACCAUUUUAACGGACUUUGUAUUUCGCGGCAAUGAAUCGUUUUAUUUUAUUUUUCAGAUGUUUUUACAUCCCAGAUUCCAUUUACACUAUACCUAGAAAUAUUGCUAAAAAUUGUUUGUAUAAAAUAUUACAACAUUUUGUUGAUAUUAAAUUAUAAAUAUGAUCAUAAUAAUAAUAAUAAUAAUAAUAAUAAAUUUUUGUACAAUAUUUUGUCUUUGUGAAUAAAAACAUAUACUUUCA